AGGCCGACCCCCCUGCUGCCAUGACUCAGCGCUUCUUCGGGGCCGCGGGCAGCCGGGCAGAAGACACCGGCCCCACUCAGGCCCGGCCCGGCGGGGCCACUCCCAGCGCUUCCACCCCCGCCAGCGCCUCCUCCGGCACAAGGCCCUCCCCACUGCGGCGGCGGCGGCGGCGGCGACAGCCACCACAGGAAUCCCAGCAGUCGUCGGAGUCCAGCCUCCGGCCGCCGCCGCCGCCGCCGCCGCCGCCGCCGCUCCUGCAUCAGCCGAGGCAGCCGGCGUGCGCUCCCCCCCCACGCUCCCGACGCCGCUCGUCCCGCCCCCGAGCUCCCUCAGCGCUCCCCGCGCACGCGAAGCCUUCCAGACGCCGCCGCCGCCGCCCGAGCCUCCCCGAGUGCCCAGCAGCCAUGGAAGCCCCCGCUCGCAUCCUCUACACCCAGAAAAGGGGCUACGACUUGACGCGGAACCCCCUCCUCAACAAGGGAUUGGCUUUCACUUUGGAAGAGAGACAGCAAUUGAAUAUACAUGGAUUACUGCCACCUUGUUUUCUUGGCCAAGACAUCCAAGUCUUAAGAGUUAUUAAGAAUUUUGAGCGGCUGAACUCAGACUUUGACAGAUAUCUUCUUUUAAUGGGUCUUCAAGAUGAAAAUGAAAAACUUUUCUACAGAGUGCUGACUUCUGACAUUGAGAAAUUCAUGCCUAUUGUUUAUACUCCCACAGUGGGAUUAGCUUGCCAGCAAUAUGGCCUAGCAUUUCGGAGGCCAAGAGGUCUCUUCAUCAGUAUCCAUGACCGAGGUCAUAUUGCUACAUUGCUAAAGUCAUGGCCUGAAGAUACUGUCAAGGCUAUUGUAGUAACUGAUGGAGAACGGAUCCUUGGUUUGGGUGAUCUUGGCUGCAAUGGAAUGGGCAUUCCUGUUGGUAAACUGGCAUUGUAUACUGCCUGUGGAGGGAUGAAUCCUCAAGAGUGUCUGCCUAUCACCCUUGAUGUGGGAACUGAGAAUGAGGAGCUGCUAAAAGAUCCAUUAUAUAUUGGACUGAGGCAGAAAAGAGUGAGAGGAAAUGAUUAUGAUGCAUUUUUGGAUGAAUUCAUGGAAGCAGUUACUUCCAGGUAUGGAAUGAAUUGCCUUAUUCAGUUUGAAGAUUUUGCCAAUUCAAAUGCAUUCCGUCUUUUGGAGAAGUACCGGAACAAAUAUUGUACAUUCAAUGAUGACAUUCAAGGAACAGCAUCUGUUGCAGUUGCGGGUCUCCUUGCAGCUCUGCGCAUUACUAAGAACAACCUGUCUGAUCACACAAUUCUAUUCCAAGGAGCUGGAGAGGCUGCCCUGGGGAUAGCAAACCUUAUUAUUAUGGCCAUGGAAAAAGAAGGGCUAUCCAAGGAGAAUGCCAUUGAAAAGAUAUGGUUGGUUGACUCAAAAGGCUUAAUAGUUAAGGGACGUGCUUUUUUAACACGUGAAAAAGAGAAAUUUGUCCACGAACAUGAUGAAAUGAAUAACCUUGAAGAGAUUGUCCGAGAAAUAAAGCCAACUGUUCUCAUAGGAGUUGCUGCCAUUGGUGGUGCUUUCACAGAACAGAUUCUCAAGGACAUGGCUUCCUUCAAUGAGCGACCUAUCAUUUUUGCUCUAAGUAACCCAACAAGCAAAGCAGAAUGUUCUGCAGAGCAGUGCUACCGAAUGACAGAGGGACGUGGAAUUUUUGCAAGUGGCAGCCCUUUUGAUCCUGUCACUCUUCCAGAUGGUCGCACCUUCUAUCCUGGUCAAGGCAACAAUUCUUAUGUGUUUCCUGGAGUAGCUCUUGGUGUUAUAGCAUGCGGAUUGAAGCACAUCACUGAUAAAAUCUUUCUUACUACAGCUGAGGUUAUAGCUCAAGAAGUGUCGAAUAAACACUUGGAAGAGGGUCGUCUCUAUCCUCCUUUGAAUACCAUUCAAGAGGUUUCCUUGAAAAUUGCAGUGAAGAUCGUGGAAGUAUCCUACCAUGAUAAAUCAGCCACUGUCUACCCUGAACCCCAAGAUAAAGAAGCAUUUGUCCGUUCUAAGGUUUACAGCACUGAUUAUGAUCAGAUUCGACCUGACUGUUACUCUUGGCCUAAGGAGGCAAUGAAAAUACAGACUGUAAAUCAUUUCUAGAAAUACAGUACAGUAGUAAAUAUUUGUGGCUCUGUUAAUGGCGUUUUGAAGGUUUUUCUUUGUCAAGAUGAACAGUUUUUAUAAUGAUUGAAAAAGCUCUUAAAUUAACAUGAUAAUCUUUGUUCAUUAACUUUGUAGUUUAAUUAUCUCUUGGUUGAUUUAAUCCAGAUUAGGAUAAACAGCCCUUUGGACAAUAGUCCUAUAUUUGCAUUCUGUUCAUUCAUAUUUUCAGUAUUCAUCUUUGUGUCCCAAGUUCUUUUUAAAAGUUGUUGAAAAUCUGAAAAAAAUUCUCAUUAUUUUUAAUAGUACAUUGAAGAGUAACACUAAAAACUAGCAAUAAAUCAAUAUAAGCAACUUUAAAAUAUGUGAUUUUUUUGUUAACCAUUUUGUUAAGCUAUACUUUUUUUUAUAAGAACAGUAAAUUUUGGGAACAGAGCCUUUAUACUAACAACAGAAACUACAGUGUCAAUAUUUUUGCAGUUUCUAAAGACUGACUCAGGUUUUCAUCAAUACCCCUUGAUUGUGUUGGUUCAAUUUAUGCAACUGGUUAAAAAAUUUUUUGAAGAAGGCUCAAUCAAUACUGUUUACAAUGCUUUGUACAACUCCCUGUUUGUUUAUUUCCUUUCUAUCAUUCUCCUUAUUCAGUAAUGCUCCACUCUGUCCACUGCAUUCCCAACAAAGAACUUCACCACCUCCUUAGAUAUGCCUUCCCACUAUGAAGUUAUCAUGCCAUAGCUUUGGGGAAAGGGACCACCCCCUUAUUUCCAGUGAAGGCCCAUUCUUAUUCUCUGUGAUAGAGUGACAGUGAAAUAAAGAAGGCAGAUGAAAAAAAAAUUGUUUUUAGCAAAUUUCCCUGGGUGUUCCUUUUAAAAAGACCCCUGGGUCUGACACUAACCUCAGUAUCCAUAAUAAGCUGUCUUGCUGUAUAGCCCAGUGCCAUAACUUAAAACUAGAUGACUAGAAUAUUUCCCUCUUUUCCGUUUCAACUAUGAUGCUUCUCCAUUAACUCAGGAAAUUGAAAACUUAGCUGUAUUGCACUAAAAUAAUCUACCUCUGGAGUUCAGAGGGAAAUUUCAAAUGAAAUUUAUAUAACAAUAUUCCCAAUAUGUCACCUUUAUCUGUUUUUAGUUAUAUUUUAUAAGAAAUAGUCUUGAAUCAAAUAUAAACCAUCAUUUUAAAAUUACCAUGACAGCUAUAGAAUUGCAUUUCAUGGGAUGCUGAAAUGAGUGUGAUAAAGAGUUUUACUCUUAACAGCAAUUGACCCAGUGACAAAAGACCUCAAGCUCAGGUUUAACAGUCAUUUAUUAUUUAUCUAUAGAAUUAUUUUAAGAAAUUUUCUUCCUUUUAAGGUCAUGCUUUUGGAGAUAUACUUCAAGGUAAAAUGUACUAGAAAAAGUAUUUUUUGCAAAGUUGAAGACUAAACCGAAUUUUGUUUUAAGGGAUUAGAAAAAUAAAGCAGUGGUAGAAGUAGGAGUUUUGAGAAUACAAGUCAUCAUAGAGAGUUAAGUGUAAUUGUUUUGUGAAAGUAGUAGAAUGAAUUUCCUAACUUGUCCAUUUCCAUGUUUUCUUAUAGCACUAAGAAAACCUAUUUACCUAUGCAAAAGGAUUGUAAUAAAUUAUUAAAAAUGUAAAUGCUUAACUAAAGAGUGAAUUAAUAAAA